UUUUUUUUUUUUUUCAACCAUCAACUAACCACGAAAUCAUUUUUCUGGUAUUCCAAUAAGUUUUUUGGCGUAUUUCAGAUUCAACGCGAAUUCAGCUUUUGCGCAUUUUCAGGCUGUCGGAGAGAAAAAGUCAUAGAUUUGGGCUAAUCGGGAAAAACUUUGAGCAGCGGAAACAGUGCGCCCUCUCGACAGACGACGGAUUUUGAAGGGAGACUUUUUUGACCAGGAACCGGUUUUUCGUUCUCUCUCGUUGAUCAACCGCACAACGCACUUUCUCACCUCCACCAGACGAAAGAGCAGCCACGAAAGAGUGUCUGGUGCGAAUUGUUGUUAAUUGGCUUGCCUUGUUACGCAUUUUUAUGAUCUCGAAUUAGCAUUGUGGGUGCAUUGGUUUCUACAGAGCAAACCUAAGGAAUCAUCUCGCAGAGAAACAGAAAAAUACUUCAACUAGAUCGAAGAUGGACGUCAAUGGACUGCAUCAGUGCUUUGCGUCCACGCUAGAUGCUGAUAUCAACAUUCGACGACAUGCGGAGCUGCAGCUCGGUGAGGCGAGCGCUGCUCCUGGUUUCAUUGGAGCCUGUCUUGAUAUCGUCCAGUCACAGCCUUUCGGAACGGUUCAGAUUUCAGCUGCCGUUUAUUUAAAAAACAAGGUGAUCAAGAACUGGGAAUUCAAGGAACUCAAGACAAGUGCCAUCGCCGAAGACGAGAAACCCGGCUUCCGAGAACGAUUGAUUCCGGCAAUCAUUUCCGCUCCCCCGCAGACUCAGCAGCAUCUGAUCCAGAUCCUGAACCGCGUCAUCACCUACGACUAUCCUGCGAAAUGGCCGACCUUUUUGGAUCACAUGAUGCAGCUCCUGCAUUCGCAGGACGUCAAGCAUAUCCACACCGGCCUGAUAUGCCUCAGCGAGGUCUCGAACGCUUUCCGAUGGAGAAACCAUGAGGCUAGAUUACAGCUCGAUCCGGUGUUGGAGGGUGCGUUCCCGCGCGCAGUGGAGAUUGGCAGAAGCAUUCUUGAAGAGAAUAGUGUUAUUGCUGGAGAUAUGAUGCGUCUGAUCAUGAAGAGUUACCGAUCCGCCAUCUACCUUGAAUUGUCGCCUCGCCUGCAGGACCAGAACUCGUUACUCCAAUGGGGAAACCUCUUCCUACAGGUCGUAGGCAAGGAACUCCCAGCGGAAGCAGUGCCUGAAGACGAAGAUGACAGAGAGCAAAACCAGUGGUGGAAGGCAAAGAAAUGGGCGCACCGCGACCUUAACCUGCUUUUCUCCAAGUACGGCGACCCCAAUCUUCUUACCGAUUCAAUGGCCGAGUACAAGGAGUUCGCCAAGACGUUUGCAGCGAACUUCGCCCCCGAGAUUCUCAAAGCGUAUCUCCUCCAGAUCGAGAAGUGGGCCGGCAAGACUCUCUGGCUCAGCAAGCCGGUUAUUAAUUCGGUUGUCGAGUACUUUGACCAGUGUAUUCGAACCAAGAGCACCUGGGAUAUUCUCAAGCCCCACGUCGACAGCUUGGUUGCGCACGUCAUCUUCCCUCUGUUGUGUCUGUCGACUGAAGAUAUGGAGUUGUUUGAAGAUGAUCCGGUUGAAUAUAUUCACAAGCGAUUGGAUAUCUUUGACGAGAACCCGACUCCGGAUGUCACUGCGACCAACUUUUUGAUCACACUGGCGGAGCGCCGACGAAAGUCAACGUUCAACAACAUUCUCUCAUUCAUCAACGGCGUCGUGGUGGCUCAGGAGGCUAACGUCAAUGAUGAAACACUUGCCAGACAGAAAGAAGGUGCGCUGCGAAUGAUGGGCUCCUUGUCCCACAUCAUCUUGGGCAAGAAGAGUCCUGUUGCGGGAAUGAUGGAGUCUUUCUUCGUCGCGCACAUCUUCCACGAUUUCCAGAGUCCCUUUGGCUUCUUGCGUGUCCGUGCAUGUGAGCUUUUGAACAGGUUCUCAGACGCCGAGUUCAAGGAUCCCAACAACAUCAGCAUAAUCUACUCAAACAUAGCAGCGUGCCUGAACGACAAGCACCUGCCCGUGCAAAUUGAGGCCGCGCUCGCGCUGCAGCCCCUGGCGCGCCAUGAAUCGAUCCGCAACGCGCUGUCGCAAAAUAUCAAGGCGGUGAUGGCGAAGCUGAUGGAGCUUACGAAGAAGAUCGAUAUGGACCCGUUGAUUGGCGUGAUGGAGGAUUUCGUCGACAUGUUUUCCGAGCAGCUUGCGCCGUUUGCGGUUGAGCUUGCGGAGCAGCUGCGCGACCAGUUCCUGCGGAUCCUGAGCGAGAUCAUCGAGAAGCAAAACGUUGAUCCCGAUCAGUAUGAGGAAGCCGAUCUCAGCGACUUUGACGAGAAGAUCAUGGCCGCGCUUGGCAUUAUCAACACGCUGGGCACUUUGCUGCUCAGCUUGGAUAACUCUCCAGAGUUGGUUAUCCAGAUCGAGCACGCAAUCACUCCAGUGGUGUCGGCGGUGCUGGAGAGCAAGGAGAUGGAUAUGUAUGGCGAGAUUUUCGAGCUCAUCGAUUCCAGCAGCUACUGUCUCAAGCGCAUCACGCCCAACCUGUGGGGUCUGUUUGGACUGAUCCACAGCUCAUUCAAGGACUCGGUCGACUAUUUCGACGAGCUUCUUCCCGCGCUUGAGAACUACGUCACCUACGGCGCCGAGGAGAUGAAGACGAACCCGAAUUACGUCGCCGCGAUGGUCGAUAUCGUCAACACCGUCUUCUUGAGCGAUGACAGACUGGGCGUUAACGACCGCACUGAUGCGUGCAGACUGAUACAGACGCUACUUCUGCACAUCAAGGAGGGUAUGAACAGUUACCUGCCAUUCUUCAUCGGUCUGGCGAUGGACAGACUCGGCCGAAUCGCGAACGACUCGGAUCUGAAGAACAAGACGUACUUUGUCAGCUUGCUGGAGGUCGUCAUCAACUGCAUCUACUGCAACCCGGUGUUGACGUUCAGCUACCUCGAGGAAAGCGGGCAGACUGCCAACUUCUUUAACCUGUGGUUCAGCAACAUUGCAAGCCUCAGCCGGGUUCAUGACAAGCGUCUGUCUGCGAUGGCUAUCCUGUCCAUCCUCGUUCUGCCCGAGGCCAGCGUGCCAGAGUCGAUCCGACCUGGUCUGCCGCAGCUUCUUCAUGGCCUGCUACAGAUUCUGCAGAGUCUGCCCGCGGCGCUUGAGAAGCGUGAAAAGCUGACGAAGGAGUUUGAAGGUGAGGGCUUGAACAAUUUCUACGACUAUAGCAAUCUCAACACCGGCGACUGGGACGACGAAGAUGACGACGAGGCUACUGAGGAAAACGGCACGGAUGAGUACGUCAACUUUCUGAGCAAAGAGGCGCUGCGUCUGCAGCAGAAGCAGAACGAGUUUGUGGAGGAGGAAGAGUACGAGGACGAGCCGCUGGAGGAAGAGACGCUGUACGAGUCGCCGCUCGACAGGAUCAACGUCUACAUCGUCUUCCGCGACGUGUUUUUGUCGUUGCAGCAAGAUCCUGCGAAGAACGAGGUGCUCGCGAGAGAGUUCUCGGCCGAAGAACGUACAGUGGUCGAAUCAAUCAUGCAGCAGGCAUACAAAGACGAAGCGGACUUGGCUCAGGCUCAAGCUGCCCAGCAGCAGCAGCAGCCGCAAGCUUAGUUAGUUUUGAAAAACUACAUUCCAAAAACACAUAUAUGAUGCAUUCCCCCUUCUCUUGGAAGAGAAAGACCUAAUGACACUCUUUCUCUGAAUGACCCUUUAUUUUCAUCCUUGUUUUUUGUUUGAUUUUCCCUUGCGCUGCUAUGUCGUUCCGACGACAUUUUUAAAAUUCACUUUUCAUUAGUUUUUUUUUCAUGUUUUUUAUUUAUAUAGUUCGAUUGAGUAACGUUUGGGAGCUAAGUACGAAGGCGAGCGAGUGGUGAAAGAGGAAAAUUGUUAUUGUCCAGAUCUUUUUUUUUAUAUAUAUUUUUGUCACAUUCUUUUUACUAUUUCUGCAAUAUACGUAUCACGUUUACUGUUUGUGAUGACUCAGUCACUAGUAGCUGAAAUAACGAAGAGAUCGCGUUAGACAUAUAU